AUGCCCAUCGAGAUACCCAAAGUGAAAAAGUUGGAUGAAAAAGUUGUCAACAGAAUAGCAGCUGGAGAAGUCAUUCAACGACCUGCGAAUGCUUUAAAAGAAUUGAUAGAAAACUGUUUGGAUGCUGGUUCAACACAGAUACAGAUAUUGGUCAAGGAUGGUGGUCUGAAGCUAUUGCAGAUCCAAGAUAACGGACACGGUAUACGAAAAGAGGACAUGCCAAUUGUCUGUGAACGCUUCACAACUAGUAAAUUAAAUCGAUUUGAAGACUUGACAGGUAUCUCUACACACGGCUUUCGAGGAGAAGCACUAGCGAGUAUUUCUCACGUCGCCCAUGUCACAAUCACAACCAAAACCGCAGAUUCUCCUUGCGCUUAUCGAGCACUGUAUUCAGAUGGAAAGCUGGUGCCUGCGAAGCCAGGUCAAAGUGCGGAUCCAAAAGCUUGUGCUGGAAACAAUGGAACACAGAUCACUGCCGAAGACCUGUUUUACAACGUGCCCACUCGAAGAAAAGCAUUCAAAUCGCCCAGUGAUGAAUACAACAAAAUAUUAGACAUUGUCAGUCGCUAUGCUGUUCACAAUGCGGGUGUCAGCUUUUCAUGCAGAAAGCAAGGAUCCAACAUAGCGGAUGUUCAGACCUCGACUGGCGCAACGAUUAUAGACAACAUCAGAUUGCUGCAUGGAUCAGUUGCGUCUGAAUUGCUGGAUAUCGAUAAAACGUUUGAUGAGCUUCGAUUCAAGAUGAAUGGGCAUAUAUCCAAUGCAAAUUACAGUGUGAAGAAGAUGACUUUUCUACUGUUCAUCAACCACCGUGCUGUAGAGAGCUCCUCCAUCAAGCGAGCCAUUGAAAACAUCUAUUCUCUUCUCUUACCCAAGGGAGCGCAUCCCUUUGUAUACCUCAGCCUCGAAAUCGAUCCUCAGAAUGUCGAUGUCAAUGUCCAUCCCACAAAGAAAGAAGUGCACUUUCUGCAUGAGAAUCGUAUUAUUGGAGCCAUAUGCGACACAUUUCAAGAGACGCUUGAAAAUGCAAACCACUCUCGAACAUUCUACACGCAGGCACUGCUACCUGGAGCAUCUGAUCCUGCAAAAAUGAUUGCCACUGACGAAGACGGGGAAGAACAGGGACGUGAUUUCACAGAGCCAAAGAGCACUUUCAAACCCAUGACAGUACCAGAAUACAAAUAUGUUAGAACAGACAGCCGAGUUACCACACUAGAUACAUUUGUAUAUAAACCAACACAGCAGCAACAGCAACAACAGCAGCAAUCGCACACUGAAAAUGAGAAUUUCAUGGGGGUUGAUACUGACGAGUCAUCGCACCUGUCUGUUGAAACCAGCCAAAAGCCUCGAGUGGAAGUGCGUCUCACGAGUAUACUGCAAUUGCGUAAAGACAUCAAAAAGCAGGAAAAUGCAGCUACUACCAACAUCCUUUCGAAUCAUACUUUUAUUGGCUGUGUAGACGAGACAUUUGCAUUGAUUCAGUCUGAACAAAACAUCCAUCUUGUCAACUACAACGUGGCAAGCGAAGAGCUCUUGUACCAGAUCAUUUUGCACGAAUUCUGCAACAUGGGCCAUUUAAAGUUAUCUGCUCCUAUAUCUAUCCGAGAAUGUUUACAAAUAGCACUAGACCAGAAUGACUUGCCAGAAGAUGUGCAGCCUGAAGCCGAGAUAAUUGAGUCCAUUGCAAACACGCUGAUCUCGAGAGCAGACAUGCUGACAGAGUAUUUUUCUUUGGACGUCUCAGCUGAUGGUAACCUGAUAUCACUGCCCAUGAUCAUCAAAGAUUACGUGCCUUCCAUGAACAAGUUGCCUCUCUUUUUACUAAGAUUGGGUACAGAGGUGAACUGGGAAUCCGAGAAAGACUGUUUCCAUACAUUGGCAAAGGAGCUUGCCAUCUUUUACAGCGCUGAGCCUCCUUUGAACCAGGAUGAUCUAUGGAAGGUGCAGCAUUACAUAUUUCCUAGCUUUAAAACUCAUUUUUCUGCUCCCACGACCUUGAAGAAGCAUAUUACACAACUGGCUAAUUUAACAGACUUGUACAAGAUAUUUGAACGAUGCUAA